AUGGUCCUUUGCCUUGUCAUUAGCUGUGGGAACAAAACAUGGAAGAAGCGGUCUAAAGUCGAAAAAGUAAGGUUUUUUCGUGUCCCACGUGUUAUAGUCAAUCAAGGAGAGUACAGCGAGGAACUUACUUCUGAGCGAAGAAGAAUGUGGAUCUCUGCGAUAAGUAGAGAAGACUUAACUGAUGAUAUUUUAGAACGCGAUCGGGUCUGCAGCCAGCACUUCGUUUCAGGAGAAGCUGCGAAAGAUUGGGAUCGAUUCAACGUAGAUUGGGUCCCUACCCUCCAUCUUGGUCAUUCAAAACAGCAUGUAAAGGAUCCUAAAGAAGAAGUUGCUCGAGCACAGAGAGCUGCCAACAGACGCAAACGUCGAGCAGAGAUCGCAGAAAAGGAGGUGGAAGAAAAAGGGAAACGAUUGGAUGCUACAGGGGAAACAGCUGAUGAGAUAUUCUACGAGGCCAAGCCCGAGGCUGAGGCUUUGAAUGUUGAUGAUACAGGGGAAACAGCUGAUGAGAUAUUCUACGAGACCGAGCCCGAGGCCGAGGCUUUGAGUGUUGAUGACAAAGAUCCAGAAACCAAGGAAGAAUUAUACGGAAGUCAUGACCAGAAAACAAUGAACGCUGAAACUCAAACGCCAGAUUCAGGGGUAAAAAUUACCCAAAAUGCUGAAACUCAAACAACUGAAUUUGAAUAUUUGUUUAAGCAAGCUGUUCUACAACCUUUUACUGAGGAAUAUUUUGCUGAUCAUGAUGACAGAGUGAGGUUUUACACUGGUUUGCCGGGUUUUGAUGUGCUCAAAGCAACUUUUUCUUUCAUCAGUCCAUUCGUCACUCGAAGGAGUAAAAGUUUGUCUUUGUUUCAAGAAUUUAUUAUGGAAGUAAUGAAAUUAAGAUUAAAUGUUCCUCUGCAAGACCUUGCGUAUAGGUUUGGCGUUUCUCUUAGUAGUUUCAAGAACCUUCUCCACCUGGUUAACUGUGAUGGAUAUCAGGCUUUCCCCUAUCAUCAGAUGGCCUGAACGAGAUGAGCUCUGGCACACGAUGCCUCUUUGUUUUCAGUUCUCAUUUGGAAAAAAAACCACCAUUAUUAUUGACUGUUUUGAGAUCUUCAUAGAGCGACCUUCAAAUCUUCUAGCAAGAGCACAAACAUUUUCUAACUAUAAACACCACAAUACUGUCAAGGUGCUCAUCGCAAUUACACCCCAAGGGUCUAUUUGUUUUACUUCCAAAGUAUGGGGAGGAAGGACCUCUGAUAAAUACUUAACUGAUAAGUGUGGUUUAUUGAACCACUUGAAGCCAGAGGACCUUGUUAUGGCAGACCGAGGGUUCACCAUUCAGGAAAGUGUUGCACUCUACCAGGCACAGUAAGCUAUCCCUGCCUUCACUAGAGGAAAGAAUCAACUUGAUCCACUUGAUGUGGAACGAACACGAGAAAUUGCGAAUGUGCGAAUACAUGUCGAGCGUGUAAUUGGACUCCUGAGGCAAAAAUAUUCUAUCCUGCAACGAAUACUACCAAUGGAUUAUUUGACAUGUUCAGAGAAAAGUGGAAAAAUUCCACUUAUUGACAGGAUGAUCAGGGUUUGUGCAGCCCUUACAAAUCUUUCCCCAUCUGUUGUUCCCUUUGAGUAUGCUCAUCAGCUUUUAUAA